AUGACAACAUCUCUCGUCAAAAACUUUUCCUUGGCUUCUGGUACCUCUGGUGGUAAAAGUGAUACGGUCAUUGCGCAGUAUCUGGUUACGAAAGUGGCUUGGUGGGCCACGUAUCCCCGAAUCCUUCUCGUCACUUCCUCUACUCUUAGCACAUACAAUCCGGAAACAUUCCGGUGCACCGAUCAAUGGGAGAUUGCCGAUAUUGAAGCCGUCGAGCUGUCACAGACCAAGAACCAGUUUGUACUUCGACUUGAAAAGUCUCGUUUUCGGUCGCCCAAGUUGAAAUUCGCGUGCUCUGCUCAAGGUCACCUGUUGUCAUUGGUAGCUCGACUUCGUCGACAGGCUCAGGGAAAGGCACAAGUGUACCGACUCAUUGGUGCACGUAGACUUCACUUCCGAUGCAUUGAACAAUUUGCCGAUGCAUCGACCAAGUUGUUGUUCCUGCAAGUCACGGUUUCCAGUAUCAUCUUUUUGGAGGAAGGUGGUCGACCCGUACAAAUUCUACCAUUCGUGUAUCUAGCAAAGGUGGCGUUUUCGACGGAUAAUGAUGAGGGCAUGGUAUUGUCUACAGCGUUCCAUGAUCAGGUUUUCUGUUGUAGUGAACGACAUGAAUGUAUGAACGAAAUCAUGGUGGCAGCAAACGAGGCGGGAGUGGAGCUUUAUAAGACGUCGAGUGAGAUCACGGCACUGCAUCUUCGUUUGCAUAAUGCGCAGGUGCUUAAUCGUCCUUCGGUUGUUCGAUUCGAUGUGAAGAAAGUGAGGAACCAUGAAGGUAGUGGUGCUUUACCAGGAAGUGAAAACAGUGAUGCUGCCAACAAGGAGAUUCAGUUGAUCCUACAAAGUGAUGCAAUUGUUGAAAUGCAUUGCUCCAUGCGCACAGUCAUUGCGCGUCCAUACAGCGCACUAUUAGCAAUAGUUCGCCCCGAUUGGGGUCCAAGAACACUUGUGUUGGAGUUCAAGCACGAGGAUACAUUGAUCCUUGACGUGGAUGGCCGCGACGAACUUGUUACGAUACUUCUGCUGAUGUGUUAUGAAGCAGGACACCAUAACGUUGUUCUCACCUCCUCAGGUCUCAAUUAUUGCCGAUUCUAUCACCCUCAUGCUGCUGAUACCAACGCAAGUGACGACACUAACGUUGUCGGUGCAUUAAUGGAAACAUUCCUGCUGAGGCGAAUCACGAAAACAAGUGCUCAGGCCGCAGAAAAUAAUGGCGGGAGAAGUCGAGGCAAUAGUAUAUGGUCACCUCGAAGGCGUCGUGGAGGAAAUAUAACACAUCGAGCUACUCUGGGAAACAAUGACCUUGCAGAUUCUGACUCGAAUGGACGCGGCAGUUGGUUCCAGCGCCGUAUCAAUAAGAACAAGUAUACAACAGAACCUCUCUACGAAACACGCAAGUCCAUGGAGUCAGGAGUGUCAAUGAACGAUAGCGUGAGUAUUGUCAUCGCGAUGGAGGAACUCAAUGCUAACCUUCGAAUUGACGAACUCACGUACAGUGAGUCAGGGCAAAUUGAAGUGGUGAACAAGGCUAUGGAGCUUGUUUUCGAGCAUCUCGUGACUCUAGUAGCUUCACUACGACGAUACGGGGACACCACUAGCUCGGACCUUAUUACCACUUUGCAAGCGCUUCUGCGCUUGUAUCAUCAUCCAGAUGCUUCUUUUACAGACGAAAUGAUACCCCACGUACUUGACGCUGUGCACGAGCUCAUUUUACAGCAAGAUAUUCUCACAUGCUACUGGUGCCUCCGACUGCUACAAUGCUUUUUGGACGUCCGAACACCGAAAACGUCGUCUCACUCCAACUCAGCUGGAGACCGACGUGCCAAGAUGGUUCAGCACUUUGUUCGUCACGCGACACUACAGCAUGCCGUUGUCGACCUCAUCCCCGCUACUUUUGCUGCAUCGAUCAGCUCGUCAUUCAUGAAAAACUCGUCCGCCUUUGGAGCAACAUUGUGGAUGGCUGAUCUGGACGUUGGGAGUAGCGCUUCAUCUAGUCUCUCGUCAGCUCCAUCCUCAACUUUGUGUUCAAAGGAAGCUCGAGUACAGAAUGAAAUCAAUGUGAUGUUCUACGAGGCACUGCUCACGCUGCAUCACUUAUUGAUUCACAUGCAAAGUGCGGCAAAAUUGCAGCGUACGGCACGUGAUCGGCAGAACUAUGUCGCUGCAGGCAACCGGCAAAAGCACCCAAGUCAUGACUUUGACAAUCUACCAGCCGAGAAGCAGACGGAUGCACUGGCAGGUAGACUAUUGGAAAAGUACCGUUUUUUAGUGGAUUCGAUUUUGGACAUCCGUCUCGUACGCAUGGCUGAGACGUCAGUAGCACUCGUGAAAUUCGUGUUACAUCGCUUUGCGACCCAGCCACCUGAUAGUCCGCUUCAAUUAUCAUCACCAAGUGACAACCAGCUACCCAAUUCGCGUGCUGGAGACUUUCACGAAUCUCGAAAGAAGUGGCUAAGCGCGCUUGGUUUGUUUCUUGAUAACUAUCUAGCAAAUACCGAGAGCAGAACGAAAACCCAAUCACUGCAGUUUGGCUCCGGGAGAACUAUUGAAAUGCCCGAACACGUAUUUAGCUAUGGAACGAGCAAGUGCACUCCAAUGGAAGAGCUGCAUAAACCAGAGACCACUAACUGCCUUGAAGCUAUUAAGUCGAACGGAUCAAUGAGGCUCGAGUAUCUUAAUCCAAGCGAGCCAUCAAGCUCUACUCGUGGCAAAGGCAUGCACACAAAACCACCGAAGCUGGAGCCCCGCGUAAUAGUACCAGAACCAAAACAGUCCAGAAAGAGUUUGAAGCAACUAAAAAAGAACGAGACUUACGGCCGCAUCGCCCCAGGUGAUAGCCAACCGCACCACUGCAUUAACGAUACCAGUCCCACACAGUCAAUCGGUAACAACGUCGAGGCAAACAUUUUUGGAAUGGAUGAUGAAGAUGACACGGUCGGUCCGCUGCUGCGCAGUGACCACAGGCCCACAGCAGCGCAAACAGUUCGCCAACCCUCUCAGGCGUCAAUUCGAUCACGUCGGCCAGCGGGUGUAUGUGAUGCGUGCAUUGGGUGCAACGAUGUAUGCACCAAUGAACGCUGCUACUUCUGUGCGGAGAAAGAGUACCAACUGAAAGCAGCCUUUGGAGAUUCAUCAGAAGCUGCCGGACCUACAGCACGGCAAGCAGCAUGGCAACAUUGUGCGCCAACAUCAACCGACAGCUCCUUCAAUUUUGAUCGGGAAUACUCUUCCUGCGAGAUAAAGCGACAUCGUAGCAUGCGAUCAUGCUGGAUCCAAGUAGGCGACAGUAUAUACGACGUGACGGAUUUACUUGGUGUACACCCUGGAGGAGCACAAGUGCUACUGGAAGCUGCUCAACAUGGCGGGGAUUGUGGCCCCAUACUGAAUACGCACCCGCCUGCGGCACGAAAAAUGCUGGUACAGCAUCGUCUCGGUCGCUACUACGAGUGUGACAAUUCUUGA